GACUGUAGUUGGUGGCAUUAUAUAUGUGUGUGCCUAUAUUGGCUGGCUUCUGCAUAGAAAGAACAUAAAGCUUCGUUAACAGGAAAAGAAAAGAAAUCUUCCUUUAGCUCAAAUUGUAGCGAUGUUGGUUUUGGGGCUCCAGGACUAAGCACCCUGAUAUUAGCAUCUUUUGAGUGGUACAAUAGAGGACCUUAUCUUAUGAUGAAUAUCUCUGAAGGAUCGCAGGAGAGAUUGUGCUUUUGUGACAACUACCUGCAUGCUGAGGCUUCAAAGUUGUCAGGAUUUAUUUUGCAACACAAAUAAACAGGGCUAUAUGCAAGCUUUUCUUAUAGUUAUCCCUUUUGCCUUAGGAGCAAGCUUGGUUUUUUAGGUAUAGUAUAUUUUAAAGAUGUUUGUAGGAUAGAGUAAUUGAAUGAUUUUCUCCAACUCCGUAAAUCCGAAGACAAGGCUCUUAUUCCUAAUUCCUUGCUUAGUGUCCUAUCCACUGGUCCAUGCUAAGGGUGCGGAGUCGGGUCGGGGGGUAUCUGUAUGUUCCAUUACUCCAGUGUCGCUUAUAAUACAAGUCAAGCUGUUAUGGUCUACUAAUUACUAUGCUUUCUGUCAGUUCUGUGUAUGCAUGAAAGGAGUAGAAAUAUCUUUCUACUGGUUUUUAUGGCUGCCUUUGUAUUCCUGUGCGUGUCUGAUUUAUCACUGUCUGUUUUGCCAUGGGUUUAUUUCUGUAGUCUCUUCUAAAAGCAAAAUGGCAGAGCUCAAAUUUCACUAAUAUGUGUGUGUCACACUGGAUAAGGCUAUUUCUGUCCUUUUCAGGGCCUUAAAAUGGGGAAUACAAGCAGUGAGCGAGCUGGUAUGGAGCGUCAUGGGGGCCAUAAGACGCCCCGAAGAGACAAUUCUGGUGGAGCCAUUAGUACAAAAGAAGGUGAUAGACCAAAAAUCUUGAUGGAUAGUCCUGAAGAUGCAGACCUGUUCCAUUCUGAGGAAAUAAAGGCUCCACGAGAGAGAGAGGAAUUUCUAGCUUGGCAGCAAGAUCUGGAAGUGAGUGAAAAAGUCCCUGUUCAGAAUCGGCCGACUGUCUUCCGCUGGACUGCGGGAGGGCAAGAGGUUUAUCUGUCCGGUUCCUUCAACAACUGGAGUAAACUUCCUCUUACGAGAAGCCACAAUAACUUUGUAGCAAUCCUGGAUCUUCCAGAAGGAGAGCACCAGUACAAGUUCUAUGUGGAUGGUCAGUGGACGCAUGAUCCUUCGGAGCCAGUAGUAACCAGCCAGCUUGGUACGGUUAACAACAUCAUUCAGGUGAAGAAAACUGACUUUGAAGUAUUUGAUGCUUUAAUGGUGGACUCCCAAAAAUGCUCAGAUAUGUCUGAGCUAUCAAGUUCACCCCCAGGACCCUACCACCAGGAUCCCUAUGUUUCUAAGCCAGAGGAACGCUUCAAGGCUCCACCUAUUCUUCCGCCACACCUGCUGCAGGUGAUCCUGAAUAAGGACACUGGCAUUUCUUGUGAUCCAGCUCUACUUCCUGAGCCCAAUCACGUCAUGCUGAACCACCUCUAUGCACUUUCUAUCAAGGAUGGAGUGAUGGUGCUCAGCGCCACUCAUCGUUACAAAAAAAAAUAUGUGACUACAUUGCUGUACAAGCCAAUAUGAUUAGACCAAGUAUCCUGGGGUGAUGAAGUGCCAGAGGGAACAAAUUCUUCGUUAAACCAAAACAUAUGCAUGGUCUAUGCUAUUGUAAACAGACUGAUUUCAUACGGUUUUAAAGACUUCACAUUUGUUUCAUAUUUGCCUUGUUCUCCCAGUCCCAUCUGGAAGUUUUCAGACUCAGCCAGGACCAAAUAGAUGGCUGGUGGUGCUGUCAUUUUUUCAGCUCAAUAACAAUCGCCUGGGAUCUACCAGUGAAAUCAGGCUGGGAAAUAUGGGGAUAGUGACAGCUCAAAUGUCAUUCAUGAGUGAUACAGGCUGUAGAAAAUAAUAUUCUAAGAAGUGCAAGAUCCUUGCUGAUCGAGUGGCUGUUUUUAUCAUAAAGCUCAAACAUUCAGUUAUAUUACCACUGAGCUCCACGAAGAGCCCAGUCCCUGGCUCGACUAUAUGUGAAAAAUGGCAUUCUUUCUGUUGCAGCUGUUUUGGGCAAAGCCAGAGAUGCUGCCACUACCACACGCACGGUUUCUUUUAUUUGUUUGUUUAAUCAGUAGCCGGGUUGAGUACGUUUUCCAAUGUGAGUGAUGCUCUAGCAUUGUUUCUCUUAUGAGAACUCCAAAAUAACUUUUCCCCAGUGGAAUUGCUGAUAAAGACAAUUGUUGUUUAUUGCUGGGUUUUGUGUAGACCAUAUAAUGCACCCUGCAAUAAUCUGUUCUUCUAACAGAUUUGUAAUUCUCUUGCCGAUAAGGACUGAUUUAAACUGGGCUGGGUUCCUAUAAGGAAAUUGACCAAUUUAGCAUAAGGGCUUUAAUUCUUCAGUAUCAGCUUUUAUCAAAUUGAUGGUAAGGUGACUCCCAAGUUACUUUAAAAACUGUAUAGUAAAUGAGAUAUUGAGGGGAAAACUCAUCUGCUGAUAUAAGCAGCUGCGGCCCCUGUGAAGUGGCACUGCACUCACUUAUGUCAAGGGCUGGAUUGGCCCUGAAUCUAUAUUUGCAUUUGACUCUGCCAACUUAGGUUCGUGUGGUCUCUGCAGCAAGGACUCCCAACAAUUUCUAUCACUUCCUGCUUUAUUUAUAUUUAUGUAAACGGAUGUCAUUCUCACAAAAGGUGCCAGGUUGCCUUUCUUAGAGACUGAUGAUCUAUUUGAUCCCAAAACGAAUAAAUUCCCCACCAAUGUGCCUCAGGCCUGACCUGGAGGGACCAGCUUGGGGAAUGCGUAGUGCCUGUCCAUUCCUGGGCACCUGAGUGCCAAUAAGAAUGAUGAGAGUGACCUCAGUCCAUGACCUACUACACAGGGGUACAUAUUACAAAAACCACCAGGUAGCUAAUCAGAUGGUGACUUUGGUGACCACGAUUAGAUGUGAUACAGUCAAUGAUAAGACUCCUUUUCAGUUUUCUGAACUGUUCAAUUGUAUUGUUACAAUAUUUUGAGUAGUUCAGGGUACAUUGCUAUUGGGUUUUCUUUGAAAAAAAUGGAAUUCCUGUCACUGUCUGACCUCUUCAGAAACAAGUUAAAAUAUAAAGCAUUUUAAGGAAAAAUGGAUAAUGUGUUUUUGUUUCCUGUCAGCCCCACUGCCCACGACCAUACUGGGUUGGCGGGCGGCAUAAUGCUUGGCUAGUUGUGCAGUUUCUCUCCCUGGUUAAAG